UCUAGAAAUAUGCUAUAGUAUAAUCCCAACAAGGUCAUCAGUUGAGUACAUACGUAAAUAUAGCUAAAUACCUGAAACCACAUGUAUAUAUAAAUAUGUAAAUAUAUAGGCAACGACUGAAACACGAAUGUAUACAUACAUACAUCGCCAACUGAAACUACACAUAUUUCUAUUCAUGUAUGCAUAAGAUAUAUUUGCAUCGUAAAUACGACUUCGAUUUUCUAUUCUACAAGGCCUUGUUCUGUAGUCUAAACAAACAGCCAUUAAAUGACUAGGAUUAUUCAUCGGCAUAUGGGACGGCAUCGGGUUAUAAUUGCACUGUUAUACACUGGCAGAUUUGCCUGCUAGAAAAAAUUAACCGUGUUCUACAGUUAAGUCAGAUAGUCGGUACUUGACGAAACCCUUUUUAAAGGCGAAGGUAGCGACGCCAUCUUUGACACUGUACGACCCACCAAUACAUAUCUUAGAUAUACAAUACUACAUAUACACGCACACUAUGCAAGAUGGGACGGGCAUACCACACCGAGUCUUUGAAGCCGUUUCUCCGAACAAUUUAACGGAGACAGCGUCAGACUCCUGUGCUGAUGACGCUGAUGAUAUUGAAGAUUCGAGCAGUGAUUCAGAACCUUUACACGUGUGUGUUGUAGGGGCUGGGGUCUCUGGCAUUGUUACUGCAAAAUGGCUAUUACAAUGUGGUCUGAAGGUCACAAUUCUCGAUGCAAACGAGACGCUCGGAGGUAUCUGGAAGUACUCGGU